CGCUCUCUUGUCAGUGGUUGGACUAAAGUGUUACCAGGGAAGCGACGCGACGGAGAGUGCGUUCGCUUGCAUUAAGCAGAAAGAAAAUGAAGCCGCGGCUGAGCUUUGAGCAGCAGCAGCUGCAUAGGACUGGGCGGUGGUGUCUCGACAGCUCGGAUGAAUGAGUGGACCACCAACAUAAUGACGGAAAUCAUGAAAAAAGUGAGUGCUGGCCAAGAUGAUACCACAUUUCAGCUACUUCCAGAGCUGGCAUCUGUUUGAAAGGCUUUCUCUGCUGCUUGUGUUUUCAUUGAUUGCAUACUUUGGCACUCAGGAAAAGUAAUGAAUAUUUAACACUGGACUCUGUGGAUUAUAAAUCAUUCAGUGUCCUUCUGAGACUUCCUCAGAUGUCAUGGAGCUGUUCAGUUGCUAAUCGAAGGUGGCAGCCUCAUAAUCCAUGAUGUAACUGCCUGAUAUUCUGUUGAUCAGAACAGUGGCUGUAUUGUUUUGUUGAAAUAAGCGUCGGUUUAGGGAUGAGAAUGAACUGUUAUAAUGGUGUCCCACUCCAGCAUCUGGGGGAUGUAAGUUCUCAGGAGGAAAAGGAUUCAGGGAGUUUGGAGUCCAAGGAGAUAAGGCAGCUGGAGCUGGAGGCACCUACUUUGAGAAAUGAGGAAUUUGGUUGUGAAAAUUUUCUAAAUGACACUUUAAGAUUCCCCCCAGAUGAAGUUGGACAGGGAGCACUUGGAAGUCCUGUCUUACCAAGAUUGCCUCUUAUGCCCAAACCUCCAGAACACCCCAGACUACAAAGAGCUUCUUCCCUAGAGGAAAAAACUAGAAGAAGGAAAUUUAAGAGCAACCAAGAUACUUUGGUUAGUACUAAAGGGACUGGCUCAUCUUCUGCUGAAUCAAUUCCCAGUGACCUUACAGGCCUCCAAAUUAGAAACAACACCUCUAACAUUCAAGGCAGACUGGGUAAUUGGCUUCCCUCUCAUGCUGCUGACUCCAGAGAUCUACAGGAGCUGGGUUAUAGCCUUAGAAAGGAUGACAGAGAUCGUACAGAUCCUACAGUGGCACUUGAACCCAAACAAGGCUUGGCUGGGAAACCUUAUAAAAAAAAGCUGUCUCCUCUUCCGCCUGCUGGUCCACUCCCAGCUGUGGAAAUCAAUGUGGCAUCUACAGCCUUAAGAACAUCUAAUAGGAUAGAUCAGGAUUGUGUGGAUUAUGGCCUGUUAGCUCACAGUACUCUCCAAAGACAGAGCAGCAACCUUAGUGACAGCCGCCUUCUUGAUGGUUUGGUGUCGGACACCUGUUCCACCAGCUCCAUGAAGUCCACUCUCAGUGUACUGAAUCCUAUACGAUCUAAAGACAUGCGAGAUAGGAGUUUUCUGGAGGGCAGUCUUCUGAGUCGAGGUGCAUUAUUGGGGGCUGAAGAGCUGGAUCGAUACUUUCCUGAUCGACAAGUGGGAAUUUAUAUUGUCACUUGGAACAUGCAAGGAAAGAAAGAAAUUCCUGGAAAUCUGGAUGAUCUUCUCUUACCCACAGACAAUGAUUUUGCACAAGACUUUUAUGUUAUUGGGAUCCAAGAAGGUUGUUCAGACAGAGGAGAAUGGGAAGUUCGUCUCCAAGAAACGCUAGGCCCUUACUAUGUCAUGCUGUACACUGCUGCCCAUGGAGUGCUUUACCUGACCCUGUUCAUUAGGAGAGACCUUAUGUGGUUUUGUUCAGAAGUUGAACAUGCUACCGUUACAACACGGAUCAUCUCUCAGAUCAAAACUAAAGGAGCCAUUGGAAUUGGCUUCACCUUUUUUGGUACAUCGUUCCUGUUUAUCACUUCUCAUUUCACGUCCGGAGACUCAAAGGUGUAUGAAAGAAUUCUGGACUACAACAAGAUCAUAGAAGCUUUAACUCUUCCCAGAAUUCUUCCCGAUACAAAUCCUUAUCGAUCCUGUAACUCUGAUGUCACAUCCCGUUAUGAUGAGGUGUUCUGGUUUGGUGACUUUAACUUCCGACUCAGCAAAGAUCGUGGGUCAGUUGAUGUCAUUUUGAAAGAAGACCUCGGCUCAGACAUGAGUAGACUUCUGCAGUACGAUCAGCUGGCCAAGGAAAUGAAAGAUGGUUCAGUUUUUAAAGGAUUCAAUGAGGCUGUGAUUCAGUUUCCACCAACAUACAAAUUUGAUACUGGAUGUGACAUCUAUGACAGCACUACCAAGCAAAGAAUACCAUCAUACACAGAUCGUGUUCUAUACAAAAGUCGCCAUAAAGAUGACAUUAAGGUGGUGAAGUAUGGCUGCUGCUCAACGAUUAAAACGUCAGAUCACAGACCAGUGAUGGGAAUGUUUCAGGUUAAACUGAGGCCAGGAAGGGACAACAUUCCCCUUGGUGCUGGCCAGUUCCACAGGGACGUCUACCUGGAAGGGAUCAAGAGGCGGAUUUCUCGAGAACUUCAACGCAAGCAGGCACUGCGAAACCAGAAGAGCAGUGCCUUUUGUACGCUUUCCUAGCUUACCAGCCAUUGGUACACAACAGAACUGACCCAUGUGUGCCAGCGCAAUGGAACUGCUGCAUUAAAUUUAUUUUUUUAUAAUUUUUCUUUAUAUACUUCAAAAGAUUUCAUGUUAGCUGCGAACCUGUUAAGAUUCUCAUGUUUACAUUUCAGGGCUGAUCCGCCUUACUGAAAAUGCAGCCUUUUGAACUGCAAAUUGAAGUCGGUCUCAAUGUUUUUAAGUGCUACAUCUUUGGCUUGCCUCCAGUCACCAGCAGUCCUUACCCUCUUUCUAAUUCAUUUCACUUGAAUGGCACGAGUGGUGUUCGCUGCAGUGGGUGCUUGCUGAACAGGACUCAGGGUAUAAGAAAAUCCUUUCUCAGACAACCUGGUUUCGUAAUAUUUUGUUUUUGUGAAUCUGUCCAUUUUAAAACUACUGGUUAAUGUAGCCUGCUUGUUCUAAGAUUUUAUUUUUCACUCAUUUCCCAUUUGUCAGUUCAGAUAUGUAAUCAAAGCCACUUCAUUCUUAUCAAGUACACAUGAACUAUUAUAGGGAACUCAACAUGAUCUGAUUUGUACGCGACAGUUUACCUCAUCACCACUGGUGGUAUACGUGUAAAUGUACGUGUUUUGUGACCUGCGCUAAACUCCGUUUUCUGUAAAUGUGUUCUAUAAAGCUAAAUAGACACACCAGGACUCUAAUCCACAUUACACAGCAGACUCCCCCAACACCUACAACCACCACGAGAAGAGUAACUGGCAUUAGUCUAAUAAAACAUGCUGCUUUAAAGAUCUGGAGUUAAAUUAAAUAUCAAUAACAAUGGUAGCUGAUUAGAGAAUACAAGUCACAUAAAAGAACAGAAUGAAGAGAAACAUCUAAGGUGUCAUCUCUGUAGAGUUACAAACCUGCUCGGCCUCCCACAUUAAGGCCACGUAAUGCUGAGUGCAGGUCUCUUAUUCUCACACACACACACACGCUAAUCUCAUUUAUUCAGUUUUACAGUAUUAAUGUAUGGGCCAAAUGGGAACGGAAUUAAAGCUGACAUCAAAUAUUUCUAAGCACUUUUUAAAAUAUAAAUAUAUUGAAUUUUGUAAAUAUGGUGAAAAGGAUUUUUAACAUUUGCAUUUUAAAUGUGCCAUGAAUCUAUUUCAGUGAUAGUCUAGAGGGUAUUUAGUUUGUCUCAAUUUAUUUUUAACCCAAACAAAUGUCAUUAGCUGGCUAGUUUCUAGAUGAAACAAACACUCUAGAAGAUAACGCUGCACUGAAAGUCCAUGUCUGAGUUUGAGCAAAUUUAUUUUUAUAAUAGCAUAUAGAUUUUUUUUCACCUCAAUACAUUUCAAACAGAAACCAUUUCCUUAGUUAAAGAAUCGAUCAUUUUGGUUAUGAUGAGCAUAGCAAGCUUCAAACGCCCCAUCUCACCCCAUUCCUACCAUACAGUAAGAGCAGAAAUAAAUGAAAAAACCAACUUCAGAUCGCAAUGAAAAUUUGUCACAAGCUAGCAAUGGCAAUGGAGAAGCCCGACAACUUUACUGACGCACUUACAAAUAAGCAACAUGACCCUCUGUUUAUACGUAAAUGAAAUGUUAAUGGUAGAAAGCUCAAGAAUUAAGUCCAGUCCUCAAGCCAGUGUUCUGCGCUGCAGGAAACCUUUACCCGGAGGGCACAAGGCCAGUACUAACCAGCCCUGGACUGGUAGUGAGACCACCACAAGACACAGAGAAACGUAGACUCAAAAUGACCCCGUCUCACUGCAAUUCUGAAUGGUGACCAUACGACUUCAUAUGACAUAUAAAUGAACGAUUCCUAAUGCUUAAUUUACAUCAUGAUCUAUACAUUUUAACUUUAAACAGCUUGUUACAAUACCUUAAAGGUUUGCAAAUAAAUCACAUGUAUUACAAACUUCAAAUUUGUUAAUUAUGAUCUUAGAAUUUAGAUCAGUUCUAAACUUAAUGUAAAUUCCAUAUUCCUAACAAACGCAAAGCUUGGACAGGACCCCAGAGUCGCAGUACAACUUUUAAGAGCCUCAAAUCUCUGCAAUGAAAGAAACCCACGUGAACACAACAUGCCGUCUCUGCAAAUGGUUUACCUCGACCAGGCUUACUAACCUGGGGUUCAGUUUUGCGAGGCACUCACUGUGGAGUAUACUGAACAUAAUAAAUAUGAUUUGAUCGCUUUCAAAGAUCAAGUGGUAAAGCUGUGAUGCACUACGCCAUUGCGAUAGUCCAGCUGUGAUGGAGAUGAGGAAAUAAAAUAAGCAAGUGCAGUCAGGUGCCAGCUUAUGGCUCAUUUGGGGCGCAUGUCAGUCAGAGGCACCUGCUGUUUGUCACCAGUAUGUGAUGCUCGUCACUCAUGUGUUGGUGCUUCAAGGUGUUCAUUACAUCACACAGAAAAAUCGUUUAUUUGCUGCUACUUUGAGGCCAUAGAUGCUUCAUGGGAGGAAGCUGGUGUAGUGUAGCGGGACUGUAGAAAUAAGUCAUAAAAGUAAACACACCCGCACACGAGCAAAAACGUUAAAGGAAUCACUGGCCGCAAGUAUGAAUGGCCUCAACUCGGCUGGCCAUAAAUUAGUGCAUGAUAGUAAUAUAUACUUAACGACAAUCAAAAUAUAAAAGGUCACUCUAAGGUUCCUACUAAUUGAUGUUUGUGCCAAGAGUGUUCCAAAAAGUAAACCGAAUAUUAAAUCUCACAAGUCAAUAAAAAGAUUGUUAGGAUAUCCAGCAUACUUACUUUCUACAAACUCCCCAUCCAAAACAAUGCAUUUUUGCUCCAGUUCUAGAAGAUCUCAUUGUAACGGAGCUCUUUCCAGCCCCACAAAAGGCAACUCAUAAUUGUCCAAGAACAAACCCUGACUAUUAGAUGUCACUUAACUUGGAUGCUUUUUGGAUGCAAUUUUUUCCACACUCUUGCCAGAGGCAGUUUAUCGCAUGACCACCAUUGUGGACAUCGGUUUUUUAUUUUCAUUCAACUGUGUCUAUAUGUAAGUUGCAAGUAGCAGUAAUAGUAUUCUUACAACUACACGGAAAUUCUUACUUGCAUGUCCAAAUAAAGUGCAACAAAUCAGCACUCUAGGUGAGUGAAUGUCAGCCGCAGGGAUCUCCUUCACAAAGAAUCUGAUCAACACGCGCUCCUGGAAACACAUUCCUGUCUGCCAUUUUCUUACACUGUUCUACCAACAUGUAACUGAGGCAGGCGAUAGAAGAACUACUAGUUAUGAAACUGCACAUUUCAGUAUUGUAUGGUAUUAUAUAGCAGUACAAACAUUUGUAGUAUUGUCACGUGUGUAGAGUAUGGUGAAAUUCUUACUUGCAUGUCGAAUCAACAUGCAACACCUCAACCACUCCGUGGAGCCAUCACACGCUUGUUGCUUUUGGUACAGUGCUCCUGUCUAGCCAGCAGUGUUGUAUCAGAAUUCUUGUAAAUAAAUGUUUGUGUAAGCCAGUUGUGAUUGGCGUCACUGUAAAAUACAUCUGUCUCUUUGGACAAAACCAGCAGAAGGUGAACCAUCCCUUACUGUUUUGUUAUUUAUUGUUCAUUAGAUAAGUGUGUCAAGCUAAUUCCAUUCAUGUCAGUGCCUGAGAUGUUGAAUUUCUUUUUACAUUUUAUGGAGCUUUUUGUACUUACUUGACAUUGUAAAAUACCAGCCUACUAUAUAAAUUAUUAUACAUAAAAAUGCAAAUCAAAGUGG